AUGGACGACAUGCGCCCUCAGGAUGUCCACUUUGCCUGGGACGACAUCAUGGCGUACAAAGCUUCCACGGCUCCAAAGACGAGUCGGACGCCUCACCACCUGUCCGUCUCUGGAUAUACGCCAUCCCGCCAAGAAAAAGACCCGAGAGAAGAUGGCUACCUAUACGAUAGCGACGUCGAUGCCUCCCAAUGGAGUGAAACGGAAACUAGCUUGAGCACUGGCCCAUUUAGUAUCGAUUCCCGCUCGACACACACCUCCGGCUCCCUCAGCGGCCUCGAAUGUUGUUUUGGCGACGACGAAGAUGAAAUCGAGUUUCCCUCGUAUCAUGAUGCUCCCGCCUGUGCUCGCGGAAGGAUGCCCGAGUUGUGCAACCCGUUCCCUCCGUUGGCCUCGUCACAACCAGGGCUACCGGAAACCAUUCAACAUGCCGACGACGAUUCAGCAGUCCAAACGCAACCCUCCCGACACGUAGAUUAUUUAUCUCAUGACUGGCGUGAGGAAGACGUCGCGGCAACAUGGAGGAUGAAAGAUCGCGAUGUUACUUGGCUGUACGGCCCGCUUCAGUUGGGAGAGGAAUUGGACGGUGAAUCCGCUCCACCUCCUGUCCCAUCAGAGACCCCGUCGCCCCCGGUGAGGCCAAUUCUCAAGAAGCCAACCUUAUCGGAGACGUUGCUCCGAAGAUCACUCUCUGUGUCUUGUCUCGUCAAGGUACCAUCGACAGCUUCUAUCCAAACGCAAAGGUCCGCCGAAUUUAAGAAUGAUUCCUCCACUCACCCGCUCCCAGCGUUCCGCCGGCCCAAACCAAAAGUAACCUUCAGCUUUGAUUCUAUCAGUGAUUGGUCUCGCCGUUCUCCCACUCCCACCAAGAAUGUUCGAUUCCAUGACGAAAUUGAACAGCACAGCGAUUUCGGACCAAUUGACUUUGACGAGGGUGACAUUGAGGUCUCUGCGCUUGUGAAUCACCGCCAUGCGAAUGCGACUGAGCUGCGGCGUGCUCUAAUCGUUGGGGGAAUACCAUUAGCCGUCACGUCCGAACCUAUCGCCCUAGCUGACGAUCUAGAGCGCGGGGAUGAUAAUCUAGAAACCGAUUCCAAUAUAUCAAUGGAAUCUGAUAGUGAAAGUGCCGAGUCAGAGCACUCACAUGAUGAUUCUGAGGACGAUUAUUUUGGGACCGCAGUGAAUUUUAGCAGGGCAGAGAUAUCCCACAUGGGGUCCCUGCUGGGUCCGGUUAGAGAUGAAUUGGUUGAGCUAGUAAUGUCUGAAUUCUGGACGCUUUUUAAUCGGGAAUGGGACUCAAGCUUCACCGAAUGUGCUGGUAACUCUCCAAGAUCACCAAAGGAGAGUCGGUCUGGCCCUCAUACAACACCCUCUACGUCAGGGAUCCAAGCUCAGCGCAAGCGUCAAAGGAUGGAUGAUGGCGACAAUCGUGACGACAAUAGUGGCAGAAAGCCUCGGCAGCCACCUCAACUCCCCGUGCCAGGAUCGGAAGGCAAAGAUAGCCCCAAGUUUGCCUGUCCAUUUCGCAAAUGCGACGCAAAUACGUACAACAUCUAUAGCUAUAGAGUAUGCGCAUUGUCUCACUGGAAGACCAUUGCACGAGUUAAGGAACAUUUAUACCGAUGCCAUCAAGUGGCUCCUCACUGCAAGAGGUGCUGGCAAACUUUCAAGAACCAACAGCAACUGGACACUCAUCUCACCGUCGCCGCUCAGGAGAUAUGUGAAAUCCGGCCCGGAAAUUCCCCCGAAGGUAUUACACCGGAAAUUGAGAGGCGGCUGAGAAGUAGGAAGAAGUCACACCCAAACCAAACAGACGAGGAGAGGUGGAAGGACAUUUACAAGCUGUUGUUUCCUAAUGCAACAGUGCCUUCGCCAUAUUUUGAAAUUGUCCAAGAUGAGCCUCCCUCCUCGCCCGAUUCCCGCGAGCUAGCAAACUAUGAAGGCUAUCUCCGUCGCGAGCUUCCGCGGCUUGUCCGGAGUAAUAUAGAAGAGGUGGUCCGUCGAGAGACACAGCCAUUAGAAGCAGUGCUGGUCGGAAGCCUGGUUGGAAUCAUCCAGGACUGCCAGGAUAGGGUCUUUCGUGCAUACCGAGAGACACAGGGCUUUGAUCCUAGUAUCUCCACUCCGUCAAUCGCGACUCUUACAUCCACGCCACUUCCAGAAGCCAUCUGCACCGAAGAUACCCAGGCUCGCGCGGAAUCCGACUUUCUCGACGCUGCCUUUCAAGCACCUGUCCCUACCCCAGAACAACGCGCUCCAUAUAUCCAACCGUUCGAAUUGUCGGACUACAAGGUAUUUUCCGAUUCUGGAUAUUCUAGUGAGCCUAUUUGCAGUUGUCGAAGUCUUUGCAGUUGCACCCGGUCAACCUUUAAUACACAAUUGCAGGACGAUCCUUUCUCUGUAUCCCAGGAUAACAGUAAUAUCAGCCGGCCGUGGGCCCAACGACCGACAAAUUCGCUCUCUUACCCUUCUUGGCAACAUGUUGAAUUGACGGAAGAUGAAGCGGAUUGGUGGAUGAAUAUAUGA